UUAAAGCGCUCUCUGUGUCAUUUCACUGGUGUCCUCACUGUCCUGACUAUGUACCGUGUUUCAACUUCCAGUCUCCUGGCAUCUUCAACCCUCGCUAACAAACGUUUCUGUUUGACUGCAUAGUUCAACAAGUCAGAGACAUGUCUUCAGCUCAGACAAUUACGGACCCAAACCAACACAAGCGUGUGUCUGUUAAAUCCAACCCUGGAUUCCUGGAGCGAUUAAGUGAGACUGCAGGAGGAACAGUUGUUGGAGUCGGACUGUUUUUCCUCUCAAUCUAUAUUCUCUUCACCAAUGAGGGGCGGGCUCUGCGGACAGCAUAUUCCCUGGAUGAGGGUCUUUCUCAGGUUGUGUCGUUGGAGCCUUUCUCCCACCUCGACCCGCAGAACAACGACCGUUUAGUGCACCUGUCUGCAAAGCUGCACACCUCACAGCCCCUCCACGAUCCAAACUACAGAGUGUUGGUGCAGGCAGUGAAGCUGAAGAGGCAGGUGGAGAUGUAUCAGUGGGUGGAGUACCAGGAGAGCAAGGAUUACCAAGAGGAUGGUCAGACCAAAUCUGAGACGACAUACAACUACAACACCGAGUGGAAAUCCGAGUUGGUUAACAGUCGCCAUUUUGAUAAGGAAAUUGGUCACCAGAACCCGAGUGCCAUGGCAGUUGAGAGUGUGACAGUCGUGGCUCCUGAUGUUGGAGUUGGACCUUUUAGUCUGUCCAAAGGCCUGGUGGAGCAGAUAAAUAACUUCCAGACGCUGAGCCUGAGGGAUUUAUCCCUCUUUAACAUCGACCCUUUCCUCAGCAUUGAUGACGAUUAUUUCUAUCACACCCAAAACCCACGCAGGCCUGAGGUCGGGGAUGUGCGCGUGAGAUUCUCCUUCGCUGGUUUGAGUGGCGAGACGUCUCCCUUCGGACCGGCUCAAACUGUCAGUGUUGUGGCCAUGCAGAGAGGGGAGCAGCUGAGGUCGUAUAGAACCAAGUCAGGAGACACUCUGGAGAUCCUGUACCUGGAGGAGCUCUCUGCAGAGGAGGUUUUUGAGAAGGAGCAGCAGUCCAACAGUAUGAAGACGUGGGGACUCAGGGCUGCAGGCUGGGCCCUCAUGUUCCUCAGCAUCCAGAUGACCAUGCGCAUCAUCUACACGCUGGUGGACUGGGUUCCUGUCCUCAGAGAGCUCGUCUCUGUGGGGCUGAAGAUCUUCGCCCUGUGUGUCUCCUGCUCUCUGUCCCUCCUCACCAUCGGAGUAGGAUGGAUGUUCUACCGACCGUUAGUGGCUGCAGCUCUGGGAGCUCUAGCUCUGCUUCCCAUGUUUCUCGCCCGCUCAGGACUUGUAACAGCCAAGAAGAACGAAUGACUAUCAAACUGAGGAUUUUCACAGCCGUGUCCGAUGCCUGGCUGUAUAUUUAUUUAUCUGAGGAAUGAGUGUGCAGCCAUUUUUGUUUUGCCCAGCAGCAACAACAACAGACAUUCUAUGGUGAUACAUGUUUUUAUCAUCAAGUGUCCAAGGAGCUCUGGUGACAUUGGGUAUCCCUUUUUCACCUUGGAGCUAUGUUUAUGGAUACAAAGAAAUCACACAUUAACCACUGCUCUUGCCUUCAGACCGCACAUCUUAUAUGUUGCCUUUAAAAAAUGUAAUUCACCAAAGAAAAUAUUCACAUCCUCUUGAUAUUGUGUUGCUUACAAUGAGCAUCAUAUCAGUCUUAUUUUGACUGUCAAUCAUUUGUCUUGACUUAUUGCUCUCUACCCAAAUCAUACUCAAUCAUGCAGUACAUUCUAAUUUCAUGGAGGUUUAAAUCAUCAUUUUUAGUUUUGUUUACGCAGGUGUUAAUCAAAUGUAACUUUAUUAUGUUUAGUGUAUACUCACUGAUGUAAAUGGGGUAGGACCUCUAUGGGUAGGACUGGACAAUAUAUAUAUUUUUCCAUAAAGCUGAACACAAUUACCAUCAUGUCGGUUUAUUAGUGUAAGCUUAGUGUGCCUAAUAAACUGGCAAGUGGACUGAAUAUUUGUCACUAAUAUAAAUCACAGGUUAUCCAAGAUUUCCAUCACCUUAAACUAUUUUCAAAAUACAACAGUGCUGAUAGCAGUGAUUUCUUUACAAACUAAAACUGAUUCAAUUGACGUGUAAACAUUUUUGAAUAAUAUUCAGUUUGCAUUUGUAAAAUGAUGAAUGUCAGUGUUUGGUUUACACAGAAAGGCCAAUCUUGGUAAAAUGCCAAAGAACAGAAUCUGCAAAUGUGUUGUAAUGUUGGUUUUCAUGCAUGUCAAAUAAAGCACUUGUUUCCUA